AUGGCCACGACAUCGAUAACAGUGGCGACUCGACCGUUGGCGGCUCCGACAGCCAGUGCUUCAGCGGCUGCGACGUCGGCAGUCACACCGUCGAGUGACCAGAUUGUUGUACUAUACGUAAUGAUCUCGAUGGCAGUCGUUAUUUUCGGAUUCUGGAACGUCCCAGGGAUACGAAACUGUAUAAAUCCCCUGAAGCUGUUCACGAUUGGAUGGCAUGAGUUGUGUCAUAUUAUAAUCGCCGUAUUAACUGGGGGGCGAAUAUUAAGGGUUACGAUUGAUCCACAUGUCGGAGGUGCAACGAUCGUGGAAGGAGGACGCCCGGCGUUUAUACUUGCUGCUGGGUAUAUUGGCUCGACGCUGUUUGGUGGCCUGUUCGUGCUGGCUGGUUGGGACAUUCUCGUGGCCAAAAUCAUGAGUUUUGUCCUGGGCAUCGGUAUGAUCAUGCCGCUGAAACUUGUUCGGGAUAAAUUUACGAUAUUAUUGACGAUACUCUACGAAGCAUUACUCAUCGGAUUUUGGUUUAUUGACCAUGCGUCGGCUCUACGUUGGUAUUGCCUAUUUGUUGGUAUUAUGAACAUUUUUUACGCCGUGUGGGAUGUUGCGGAUGACCGCUUCUUCCACAAGACAAAUGACUCGGAUGCGACCCAGUUCUCUAUUCUAUUUCCACGUAUACAGCCCCAUAUAUGGGCGACGUUCUGGAUACUUUUUGAAGCGCUAGUCCUUGCCGGAGUUGCUGUGUUGGGGAUACUAGUGUUCAAGCGUACGUCAACCCAGAUGUAUGACGAAGCUGCAAAAUUUCUUCCUACAUAGCCAUGCUAUGCCGCAUUUUCUUUACUCUCAUAUUUUGUCACAGCAAGUAACGUAUAUUGAAUGAUCUAGGAUGGAUAUCACAGCAUAUACAAGGGGACUUGACUGACUCUUGCACGUUAACUAUCAUGUGUACACCGCCAUCUUGUCGCACACUAAAUUAUUUUGGAACUCGAUCAACAGUUUUGCUUUGCAGUUUAAAUCGGCCAUGUUGGCUAUAUUCGUAUAUGGAUGCUAGAAUACAAGGGAUUGCGCAAAAUCGACGACUAGCCGUGACUGUCUCCAGAAAAAUCACAUAAUAUUAACGUUAGGCGCCAUUGAAGGAGUGAGAUGGGAGGAUUAAUUCAUUGUUUCGAAUGACGUUGAUCGUGG